UUUAAUUUAAGCUUCCUAUAAAGCCCUAACCUUCUUACCAUACUUAAAAACCUUAAUUACUUCCUCCUUUUCUUCUGCUAUAUCUGUAUCAUUCCCAAUCAAACUUAAUUCAGCAUUUAUACUUCUUACCUUACUUAAUUAGCAGAUUAACCUAAAGUAGAAAGCAAUCAAGACAAAAGAAAAAUGCUUACCAUAAGGCUAAUUAGCUUUAUCAUUAUGCUCAUGUUUACUUUGCUUGAAGCUAGGGACUCCAUUGUUAAGCAACCACAUUAUCAAGGACAUUUGGACACCAAAGUUGUUCUACAAAGUGAGAAUGUAGAUGCUAAAAGAAUCCAUCAAAUUAUAGUCGUCAAGGAAAUCAAGUCCAAUGUUGUUCCAAUAGAGAAAGAAGGCAGCAACAUGAGGCUAAACGGAAGGAAAUUGGCGUCAAAAGGCGGCCUGAAGAAAGAGCUAGUUGGGUCUGAGAGGCGGAGUUCAAAGAUUACAGGAAGGAACAUCCAUUCAUCAAGAAUGCAGAGUGCAGAAACAAAACAUGAGGGUAAAAAAGAGGAGAUGGCUUGGUUAAGCAAUGGCAGGAAACAGAAAGGUAACAAAAGUGUAGGAACAAGGAAUGGGAAUGGUAGGUUUCAGAAGCUAAAUACACGUGAUUUUGAAGCUGCUAAUGAGGAAUGGACUUUUAUGAAUAGAGACUACCCCGGAAAUGGUGGUGGUCGCCAUAAACCUCCUACCAACAAUCGUUAGUUUCCGUGUUUUUGAAACCAAUAGUAGGAAAACAAUGACUAGGAGGUACUAGUAUAUGAGUUAUACAUAUGUUAUACCAUAAAUUUCAGUUUUAAUUAGGCAGUUUCAGUGUUAUCAGAUAAAAAAAAUACAGUAUGUAAUGUAACGUUUUUGGUAGCAUAGGAAAGGUACCUCACCCCCACAGCCCCACAGCCCCACUCGAUCUAGUGGUUUGUGAGUUGUGGCUGCUUUUUGGUACAAAUUUUGG